GCUUAAAUCAGAGGCAACAAUGCUUUGGCUUGCCUCUAAUUAAAGUUCCAAUAAAAUUAAUAUCAAUUGUUCCCAGCAAAGGAGUUUGAGUUGAUAAAAUCCCCUUUGAAUAAUCUGGUGCCCGAUACCAUUUAAGGUGCAGGGUUUCAGUUUUGUAACAGCUUGAAGGUGUAUGUACAGUUUUGCAUAUACGGCUCCUGCUGGUUGCUGCAGAGUGUUUGGCUGCAGUGCACGAGUUUGCACUCGCAGGGCCGCUGUUGGCCCGUGCAGAUAUUUUCUUCCUCUUUUUAAUGCAUUGAACAGAGACAAAUCUACACAUAUAACCCAGAACCGCUCAACCAAAGGACCAGGGAUCAUAUCGCUGCCGUUCCUGCGUAUAUUUUGGUAUCGGGAAGCAGAUUGGGAAAUACAAAUAUAGCCUACUACAUUUUCUGCUGGAUUAUCUCUUUUUUGGGGAAACUUGGCGUUUUGGAAUAAAACGCCCUGUAUUUUUUAUUUUUAUUUUUUUUUAAGAGUGUGAGGAGGAUAUCAUGGUGGACCGAACAAUGAGAUGGCAAGUGCUGUUGUUUGUCUGGAUUUUUUCGCUCGGCUGUGCGGCAGGGCAGGCCACUUACUCGAUUCCAGAGGAAAUGUCAAAAGGCUCCCUUGUAGGAAACAUAGCGCAGGAUCUAGGGUUAGAUGUGAAAAGACUGAAGUCCGGUAAAGCGAGAAUAUAUACGGAAUAUAAAGCAGAGUACAUCGAGCUGGACGCAGACAGGGGAGUCCUGCGUGUGAAAGAAAGAAUCGACAGAGAGGCGCUGUGCGGGCAGACAACGCCUUGCGCUUUGCAUCAGCAAAUUACACUUGAAGAUCCGAUUGAAUUUUAUUCUGUUAACGUCGAAAUUAAUGACAUAAACGACAACGUGCCCACCUUUAAAAAAGAGGAGAUGAAAUUUAGGAUCAGCGAGUCGGCGGUGAUUGGGGCAAAAUUUGUAUUAGAGAGAGCGAUGGAUCUGGACGUGGGUGCGAAUGGGUUGCAGAGCUAUUCGCUUAAACCAACGGAUAAUUUUAUUUUAAAGCUUCACAAUCAGCAAGAUGGCAGCAAAAAGGUGGAGAUGGUUUUGCAAAAACAUCUCGACAGAGAGGCGCAGGAUCACAUCGCCUUAACUCUGACUGCCAGCGAUGGCGGUGAGCCUCAGCUGUCUGGAACAAUGCGAGUGGAGAUUUCAGUGUUAGACGCUAAUGACAAUGCCCCGGUUUUUACGCAGGAAACCUAUAAGGUUACGGUUAUGGAAACUGCUACCAGGGGUACUAUUUUGAGUACAGUCAGUGCAGAAGAUGCAGAUGAAGGCUCGAAUGGAAAAGUGGUGUAUUCAAUAACAAACACCUUGGACGACGUGCCGAAUUUAUUUCAAAUAGCGGAAGAAAGCGGCGUUGUCUCUUUAAUUGGAAACUUGGAUUAUGAAAAGACACAGCGGUAUGAAAUACAUGUACAAGCUAGUGAUGAUGGAGGACUAACAGAUUCGUGUAAGAUCAGUGUUGAAGUCACCGAUACAAAUGAUAAUGCACCUUCUAUAAAUAUCAUGUCUAAAACAAAAUCUGUAACAGAAAAUUCUCACCCAGGUACGGUGGUUACAAUAAUCAAUGUUCAAGAUGCUGACUCUGGAGAUAACGGGAAGGUGGAGUGUAGCAUUGGAGAGAACAUGCCGUUUUUGAUAAAAGCAACUUCCAAGAAAUUUUAUAGUUUAGUAACAGACAGUGAAUUAGACAGAGAGAUGGCCUCUGAAUAUAACAUCACAGUGACCUGCUCUGAUGAAGGAGUCCCCUCCCUCUCCAGCAGCAUCACUCUCACCUUGCAGAUCUCUGAUGUGAAUGACAACGCUCCUGUCUUUGAGAGGAGCUCCUAUGAGGCCUACAUUGUAGAAAACAACACACCAGGUCUUUCUAUAUUCACAGUGAAAGCGACAGAUGCUGACUGGAACCAGAAUGCCCGUGUUUCUUACAUACUGGAGGACUCCUCUGUUAACGGCGUACCAGUCUCCUCAUAUGUGUCCGUCAGUGCUGAUAGUGGAGUCAUCCAUGCAGUGCGCUCUUUUGACUACGAGCAGAUCAAAGAUUUCCAGUUCCGCAUCAAAGCGCAGGAUGGAGGCUCUCCUCCACUCAGCAGCAACGUGACUGUGAAAAUGCUGAUCCAGGACCAGAACGAUAACCCUCCUCAGGUUCUGUACCCGGUCCAGACUGGUGGCUCUGUGGUAGCUGAAAUGGUGCCUCGUUCAACAGAUGUGGGCUACCUGGUGACUAAAGUGGUGGCUGUAGAUGUGGACUCUGGACAGAACGCCUGGCUCUCCUAUAAACUGCAGAAAGCCACAGACAGGGCGCUGUUUGAAGUGGGCUCACAGAAUGGAGAAAUAAGAACAAUCCGUCAGGUGACUGAUAAAGAUGCUGUGAAACAGAGACUGACUGUGAUAGUGGAGGACAACGGGCAGCCCUCUCGUUCAGCUACAGUCAUUGUUAACGUGGCGGUGGCGGACAGCUUCCCUGAAGUGCUGUCCGAGUUCACUGACUUUCCUCACGAUAAGGAGUACAAUGACAACCUGACUUUUUACUUGGUCUUGGCUCUGGCUGUGGUCUCCUUCCUCUUCAUCACGUGUUUAGUGGUUAUUAUAUCAGUCAAGAUCUACAGAUGGAGACAGUCUCGCAUCCUGUAUCACUCCAACCUCCCCGUGAUUCCAUAUUAUCCUCCACGUUACUCAGACACUUUGGGAACAGGGACUCUGCCACACGUGUACAACUACGAGGUGUGCAGGACCACUGACUCCAGAAAGAGUGACAAUAAGUUUGGAGGAGCUGGUGGUCAGAACGUGUUGAUGAUGGACCCCAGUUCUACAGGAACCAUGCAGCGGAUACAGAGUGAGAAGAGCAUCCUGGAUGAACCUGACUCUCCUCUAGAGGUUAGAAUACUUCAGAUUUCAUAAAUGUACACAAUAUGAACAUCAACGGUUUCCACUACAGUCUAUGUAGAUACAACACUAUGGAUAGCAACUGAUUUUUCUUCCUUUAAUGCAUUUUAUUUUUGCAUGCUCCUUUAUUGAUAUGAUCAAUAAGCUUUUAAAUGUUUAUUUUAUUAUGUAUUUAGUAGAGGUUGUGCUGAUUCUCCUCUGGGGUGAGAUAUCAAUUUUAUUGAUUUAUUUGAAGCUAGUUAUUUAUUUAUAAGACGUCAUUGAUUUUGAAUACUCAAUGUUUCUCCUUCAUUAUGCUGGAUAUGAUUUUUCUUACGGAACCAAAAUGUGCGUGUGUAUCUUUUAGAUUUUUUGCUAUGAUGUAUAGAUUUACAAUGUAGUCAGCUAGAUUUUGAAAGAUAUAUCUGGUUGUGUCAGGUUUUGAGUUUUUGUCAGAUUCCUAGAUAAGAAACCAAAGAUGAUUUAAUUGUCCCAGUUGAUAAAAUAAAGUAGUGGGGUUCAUAAUAUUAUAAUUUCGGGCAGUGCUUUAAGUGAGGAAACAAAACAGGGCAGGUACUUACCUUUUUGCAUGCACAGGCAGAGGCUCCAGCCUAAACAAAUUCAUAGUUAUAGUAAUCAUAAUAAUGAAAUAUUUAAAAUCAAAUGUUUGAAGCACAUUAUUUUAUAUAAGCUAUAUAAAAAAAAAUUUGCUCACAAAAAAGAUGGACAUCUCUCUAGUCACUCCCCCAUCACCCCAAUAUGUAAUUGAGUUGUGAAAAAAGUUACCCAAACUACAGGUGAUAGCUACUCUAACAAAGUCACGAGUUGAACAAUGGAAAAAAGUUUGGCAACGGGAAUGAUUAAAAAAAAAUCUGCAAAAAUA